AUGGAUUUGGGAGAAUUUUGGGCAAUCUUCGGUCCCGGAUUCGCCGGCGCAGUCUUUGGCGCUGGCUGGUGGUUCUGGGUCGACGCCGUAGUAUGCAGUUCCGUCAAAGUUUCCUUCCUCCACUAUCUUCCAGGCAUAUUUGCGUCUUUGGCUGCUUUGAUGUUCAAUACUGUUAAUAAAGAAGACCUUGACGAUUCACCCUACGGAGAAAGCGAGUGGAGGGUCAAACUUUGGCUUUUCAUUGCAUAUGUUGUAUCCUUCGUCUCCUUGGCAGCUUCCGUGGGCCUAUUGAUACAAGAUGCGCUGGUGAAAUCUGGACCUUCAGCUUGGACUGGAGUUGCAGGUGUUUUUCAAUGUGUCUUUGUACUAAUCAGUGGGCUGAUGUAUUGGACUUCUCAUUCAGAAUAA